UUCCAUAUUGAUAGUGACCCUCCUCAUCAUCUUUACAAGACGACACAAAUUAGAAGAAAAAUCCAGAAAUGAAGAUGCUUUUCCAAAACCAACAAGAUGGAGGAGAAUUUCAUACCAAGAGCUUCAACAGGCAACUGAUGGAUUCAACAAAAGAAAACUUUCUUGGUAGAGGGAGUUUUGGGUUAGUAUACAGUGGGAUACUUCAAGAUGGAAUGAACAUUGCAAUAAAAGUCUUCAAUCUACAAGUAGAGGAUGUACUCAGACGUUUUGACGCAGAACGUGAAGUACUAAGCAGUAUCCGCCACCGAAAUCUAAUCAAAAUCAUUAGCCGUUGUUGUAAUGAAGAUUUCAAAGCCUUGAGAUUGUAUAUGAUGAAAGAUGUAGCAUCUGCUCUAGAAUAUCUCCACCAUGGACAUCCAAUUCCAAUAAUCCACUAUGAUUUGAAGCCUAGUAAUGUGUUGCUUGAUGAAGAUAUGGUUGCACAUGUAGGGGAUUUUGGCCUUGCCAAGCUUAUGGGAGUAGGGGAAUCUAUGAUGCAAACCACGAGGAUUGCCACAAUCGGCUACAUGGCACUAGAGUAUGGAUCUUUGGGAAUGGUUUCUACCAAAGGUGACAUUUACAGUUAUGGCAUCUUACUUAUGGAGACAUUCACAAGGCGAAAACCUACUGAUGAAUUGUUCACUGGGGAGAUGAGCUUGAAGCUAUGGGUGAGAGAGUCACUGUCCUACUCAGUAACAAAAAUUGUAGAUCCCAAUUUGAUUAACAGAGAGGAGAAACAUUAUAAUGCCAAGAUAAAUUGUGUGACAUCCAUUAUGGAAUUGGCUUUGAAUUAUUGUGCAGAAUCACCCAGAGAAAGGCCAAACGUGAUGGACGUUGCAGCCAUGAUCAAGAAAAUCAAAGAAAAAUAUCUCAAGGAUUGUUAGUUUUUUAACAAAGAGAUGAAGGUCCGGAAAUGUACAGAGCUCAAGUUUCAUUGAACAAUUUUGCAUUUUUGAUUAGAAAUAAAGAAUACUACUAAAAGCAUAAAACUGCGUCUUUGCGUUUGGAUAUCAAUUUCUUUAUUCAUAAGUCCUGCAAUUCAAAGAAAAUUCACCGUUAAAU